CGCUCGAUUCCUUUAUAACCCCUUUCACGAUUGUUUACGCCCCGCUCCCCUAUAAAAACUAUCUAAAAAGAGGUUAUCGAUACAUGAUCCUUUUGCUGCAGUAUCCAUGUUGAAACUAUCCGCUUUGCUGCUGCUGCUUGCAACUAUCACCACGACUACGCUGGUUUCGGCAUAUACAAUCAUGGUUCCACGCCAGGAAGACCAACAGUUUCCUGGUGGACCAGGCAUGUGGCCUGAGCCCGAUCGCUAUAACACCUAUCCCGAGGUUGACUGGAACCGCACCUACGGCGCAUUCGAGCCCCAACAAAUCCACCUUUCCCUUGCUGACGAAUCCAAGUACGCUCGUGUCGAGUUCGCUACCUUGUCCCCUGCUGAGCAGAGCAUGUUCAAGUACUGGCCCAAGAAGCAUAAUAAAUCUGCCGAGGCCAUCCGUACUGAGGUAAUAUAUAAACUAUACAAGGGGAUUGACCAAAAAUAACUUUGUUUAUAUUUUGUGAGAUGUGGGAGUUUGUUGAUGAGGGAGAAGCACAUCGCACUAUCUCGUUACAUCAAGCCAAAACAAAAAGACUUCGUCCGGCCACUGUCUACUGCUACCAAGUGGGUGCCUAUGGUGAUUCAACAUGGAAGUGGUCAUCGGUUUAUGAAUUUCACACUGCGUCUAAGGGGAAAGAGUUCAGCUUUUUGGCAAUAGCAGAUAUUGGGCUCAAUAACGCUGUCGCUUUGCCCCAACUCAUCGAAUUGUCUAAAACCCACAGGUAUGAUUUCAUGACUUUGUCGGGAGAUCAGGCAUACGACAUGAAAGACUUUGAUGGUAGAAAGGGAGAUCAAUACAUGAACUUGAUGCAAGAGGUGUGGAGCCAAGUACCUUAUUUGGGCGUACCUGGGAACCACGAAGGUGCAUACAACUACUCGCACUACAAGAACCGGUUCAAGAACGUUCCUUUUGAGGAUUCGAACUUUGACAACUCACUCAUGUACAGCUUCAACUACAAGUCGCUUCAUCUUGUAUCUUUCUCUACUGAAGUUUACUUUGAUGGAACUGACGAGAUGAUCCAGACCUCUAUCAACUGGCUCGAAGAGGAUCUUGCUGAGGCCAACAAGCACCGAAAGCAGCGCCCUUGGAUCAUUUUGAUCACCCAUCAUCCCGUCUACUGCAGUGCUCCCAACUCUGAAGAUUGUGCAUCAAAUGCAGCGCGUAUCCGUGACGGCCCUGUGAACAGCGUAACUCAAGAACAUUGGGGAGGACUUGAACCCGUGCUUUUGAAACACGAUGUAGAUCUUUAUCUUACUGGUCAUGUCCAUAACUACGAGCGAACAUUGCCAGUCGCAAAAGGCAACAUCGCUGGGAAUGGCUCGUUCCACAACGCAGCUUCAUAUGUUGAGGUUAUUAACGGCAAUGCUGGUCCUCCUGAAGCUACUGUUAUAUUUAACACCACUGGUCCGUAUGCGGAUUGGUCUGCUGUACGCUAUGACAGUUAUGGCUAUUCCACAGUUAAAAUCACCCCUUCGUCGCUUACUUUCACACACCACCAAGUACGCCUUGAUGGCUCACUUGGAAACGUCGUAGAUACUUUUACCUUGACGAAGAGCUAAGCUUCAAAGAUAAUGCUAGUUACCACUUAUAUAGUAGCACAAGUAUCCUACCAUACCACCAUAAAGCUUAGGCUACGAGCGAAAUAUCAUAUAUCAUAUAAGAUGC